AACAAAAUGGGCUGCAUGCAAGGUUGGGUAGAAUUGUGCAAUAAGUAGUCUGCAACUGUGGUAUUGUAGAUAACCACACAGCAUGCUGUGGGCGAUCGGGACGCCAAGGGGACUCUGCUGCUGUGGGAAUGAGGGUAACACUCCGGAGAAAAGCUGUUGCUGGAACCAACCCGCUUGUGUUGACGAGCUGCUGCUGCCCAGCUUUACUACUUGGUAUUCUGAUGCGCUUACAACGAGAAAGACGUGAGGGUGGAGAGGGGAGUAGAGAGAGUGGCUUUGGCCGCUGAAGUCCUGUCCGUUUGUAAUGGAGGAAGAGCUAUUUAUUGUUAGCACGAUGGUUAUAAUGAGAAAUAUGUUUACCGGUCUACACCACGCCUCUAGCAACAUGCAGUAAGGUAACCAAGAUUACAGAACCCCUCCAUAAAGAAGCAAACCAAACAGCCUAAUGACUUGGUGCAGCAAAUCCCAAGAGCACUAUGGAUUUGACUAAAAUGGGUGUGAUACAGCUGCAGAAUCCUAGCCAUCCCACUGCACUCCUGCAAAAAGCUAACCAAAUGCGACUUGCAGGGACAUUGUGUGACGUGGUUAUUAUGGUGGAUACACAAGAGUUCCAUGCCCAUAGGACAGUCUUGGCUUGCACUAGUAAAAUGUUUGAGAUACUGUUCCACCGCAAUAGCCAGCACUAUACUUUGGACUUCCUGUCACCAAAGACAUUUCAGCAAAUUUUGGAGUAUGCUUACACUGCCACCCUUCAUGCAAAAGCAGAAGACCUGGAUGAUCUGCUGUAUGCAGCAGAGAUACUAGAAAUAGAGUACUUAGAAGAACAAUGUCUAAAAAUCCUUGAGACCAUUCAGGCCAAUGACAAUGAUAAUGAAGUCAACAUUACAGAUGGCAGCAUGGAAGAUGAUGAAGACAGAAAAUCCAGGUGUAUCAAGAGUAUGUUUCUCCCCAAGCAGCAUUCCAGUGAAGAAAGUAGAUACACCAGUAUGGCAAAACAAGGAUCAUCAGGUAAUAUGUUGGAGCAGAGUCCUUCUGUUUCGACAUCAUUUGGACUUGCAGCAAUGAGCCCUACAAAGGCUGCAGUGGACAGCCUUAUGACACUAGGUCAGUCAUUAUUACAAGGGUCCUUGCAACACAGUACAGAAGAAAUGCAGACAUCAGACAGCAGUCAGCCUGCAGCAUCAGAAGUAAAAGCUGAAAUGAUGCAGCUUGAUGAGCCUUCUAGUCAAAGUCCAAGAACUGCCGAGUCUAACUCAACGGGGGACAAGAAUGGGGACUCUGACAAGAGCAGGGAUGGUCCUGGAACUCCAACACGAAGUAGUGUUAUCACGAGUGCCCGUGAACUUAACUAUGUUCGGGAGGAAAGUGUUUCGGAACACUCUGGAGAGCCAGGCCAGGGUAUGCAAGUAGGACAGGACAGUUUAGGAUCUCAGAGUGAAAAACAUUUAAGUUUGUUCCCUUUUCCACCUAAUCAUAGGACUGAGUCCCUGCUUACAAUGCCACCUACCAUGACAUCUGGUUUCCAUAUGCAGCCAGCCCUUGCAAUGUCCAUGGACUUUAGUACAUAUGGAGGGCUUUUGCCACAAGGGUUUAUUCAGCGGGAGCUGUUCAACAAACUGGGUGAACUUGCUGCUGGUAUGAAAAGUGAAAGUCGAACAACCAGCGAGAGAUGCAGUGUCUGUGGGGCUGAGAUUCCUGAUAAUGAAACAGCAGAGCAACACAGGAAACUACACAGUGGUAUCAAGACAUUUGGGUGUGAACUUUGUGGCAAGAGCUUCCUGGACAGUUUACGGCUACGCAUGCAUCUGUUGUCUCAUUCAGCUGGUGCAAAGGCCUUUGUUUGUGACCAGUGUGGGGCACAGUUCUCAAAAGAAGAUGCACUGGAAGCCCACCGGCAAACACACACUGGUUCUGAUAUGGCUGUGUUCUGUCUUCUCUGUGGGAAGCGGUUCCAGACGCAGGCAGCAUUGCAACAGCACAUGGAGGUCCAUGCUGGAGUUCGCAGCUACAUCUGCAGUGAAUGCAACCGCACAUUUCCAAGCCACACUGCCCUUAAACGACACUUGCGCUCACACACAGGGGAUCAUCCAUAUGAGUGUGAGUUUUGUGGAAGCUGCUUCAGGGAUGAGAGUACACUGAAAGGACACAAACGAAUCCACACCGGAGAGAAGCCGUAUGAGUGCAAUGGUUGUGGCAAGAAAUUUAGUCUCAAGCAUCAGCUGGAGACUCACUACCGUGUGCACACAGGAGAAAAACCAUUUGAAUGCAAAUUAUGCCAUCAGCGAUCCCGUGACUAUUCUGCAAUGAUAAAGCACCUGCGAACCCACAAUGGCGCCUCACCAUACCAGUGCACCAUCUGCUUAGAAUAUUGUCCUAGCCUGUCUGCCAUGCAGAAACACAUGAAGGGACACAAGCCCGAAGAGAUCCCACCUGACUGGAGAAUAGAAAAGACAUACCUUUAUCUGUGUUACGUCUGAGGAAUUUAGGCAAGUUAAGAGUAUGCUGUGAAAGACUGGGCAAAACUUAAAUGAUAAAAAACAAAACACCCAUACACAGAAAACACACAGAUUGCAUCUAGAGUCUUUGCUGCUAUAAGGUUAUGAAAUGUCUAUGGAUUUUCCAUAAAAGCUUUGUUUUGGGGAGGAAAUUCAUGCUUGGUCACACCUUUGUUCACAUGUGCAUGAGGUCUACCAACCUACCAACUGGAAUUUAUUCUUUAUUUAUUUAUUUAUACUUUUAAAUUCAUGAGACUUUGUUUCACAUAGAAAGCAGGACUGGAGUUUCAGUUGUAUAACUGAAAAAAAAGUAAGUGUUUUGUCAGUGAUCACUGGUUUGGGGAAAACUAUUCUAACAUCUGUACGGUAUACCAGGAAUUUCAGAUGUCAGAUGAAACAACAUCAUGUAUUGUAAUAUCAUAGAAACAAAAAUGUUAUCAACAGAAUUACUUUUUUCUUAUUUUGUCAUAUUUUGUAGCAGCCACUAUAUCAGAGAUGCUAUGAAAUGUUUGUCAGGCAGUAAUUUGAUUCAAAAGCAUGGCUUAUGAACAAGAGUUGGGGACUGUUUAAAAUCAAGGUAUUAUGUCCUUGUACACAUUCUGACAUGUGGAGAAAAGGCAGCCUCCUGUAUAGGCUUUAGCAAAAAAGCUGAGGUUCUUGAUGUGUAUGAAGUACGCACGUGUGUGCUUAUUCAACUAAACACCUACAUUUAUGUGGAUGAUGUUCCCCACCUCCAUCACAGCACACCUCAUGACUCUAAGACUGUAUGGUGCACAUACAACUUAAACAACUUGUCUGAAGAAACAUUAUAGCAAUCAGAACAAAACUCUUAACUGCAAAGAACUGCUCUGUGUUUAACAUGUGGCAAGCUUGUUUGCUGGAUAUUACUCCAGUUCAUAUGACUGGCACAGACAAGGAUGUCAACACACAAGUGUCAAGCAAGGAACACAAAUUUGGAAAAUCUCUAUGGAUGGUUCGUCAGAUGAACAUUUGGGGUGCGUUCUGUUUACUUUUACAGUAUGCUGUUUGUGGACAAGAGUGAGACACUACUGUCAACUUUCACAUCAAUUAGAGAUUCUAGCAGAAGAUGUCUGUUUCAAAACGGCAAAAAAAUAACUGCACAAAACCUGACAUUUAACACUAUUUUUUGGCAAUACAUAGUGAAGAAAACUGGCUUUUCAUCAUCAUGUAUGAACAGCACAGGUUUAUUUGCAAUCCUGUCAGUGUGUUUUGUCUUAAAGCCACUGUUUGAAAUGUUAACUUGCAGGUUUAUUUUCAGGAUACAGUGCUUUGUUGUGGGUGGGGGAAUGAUAUGCUGUAUCUGAAGUUAUUGUCCAGUCUUCUCUAUAUAUGAAGGGAGUGAAGGUUUGGGAGGGCCUUUUUCCAUGUUUGCGCUUUUUAUUUGUACCUUUGUGUUCAACACAUUGUACUUGAAUUACCUCGUUUAUUUUAUUUCUCAUUUCUCUCUCUCUCUCUUUUUUUUUUUUUUUUUUUUAACCUUUAUAGCUUCAUUUGCAAUUACAGCAAUCUUGGAUUUAAAAAAAAAUGUCGUGCCACAGAUUUGGUGACACACAGUUUAAAGUGAUGUACUCCUAAAGGCAAACAACAUUGCCUCCUUUGAACCGUUUAUACUUUGUGUAUAUUGUUUUUUUUUCUGUAUGAAUUGUACAUUCUUACCAAAUUUGGUAUAUUAAUGACUUACCUGUAAAAAAAUGGGGUCAUAUGUUUUAUUUUCCUUCAAGCUACCUCUUAAUUUUUUUUCAGUUACAAAAGCACAUUUGCAAUAUUUGUGGUAAUGUUAAUUUCAUUUUCAUCUCAUGCUUUACAUGUUAUUGUAAUACAUUAUUUUUGCUUUAGCUUUGUGUAUAGAAUGUUUGAGAAAGCAAUUGUAGAUAGAUUAAAUGGGGAGAAACUAAAAGGCCUUUGUACUGCUGUGUUCAACCCCCACCCAGUUCAGUGCAGUAGAGGUGUUCAUUUGACAGCCUUAAGAAGAAUUUAGAGACGUUUCAUAUGCUGGUUGAAUGGGGUAUUAACAGAGAAUUUAGUACUUUAAAAAGAGAAAAAAUGUUAAACUUGAAAUAUGUGAAUAGAAGAAUAAUUUUGUUAUAAUGUGAAAAAGUGAAAGUAUUGAAUCACUUGGAGGCAAAUUAUGGUUUAAGGGGCACUAAUAAAAAUGGAGUUAGCUGCCAUUUGCCAUACGAUUAAACUAGAAAAACCUUAAAAAAAAAAAAAAAAAAAGAGCAAGGGACAGUAUACUGUUUCAUUGAACUUACUAUUCUAUAGGAAUGAUGAAUUAUCCAUGUAACACAGAGGAUCUGUUUGAUAUUUGACAAAAUGUAAUAUUUUUGUAUUACUUGUCAGUUUCCAUUUGUUUCUGCUGGGCUUUGCCCUUUUUUGUAAUGUGAACAUGAAUCACUGUGCGUAUGCGUGUGCAUGUAUGUACAAGUUUGUCUAUAUCUGUGAGUGUGUGUACGUGUGGCUGUGUACUAACAAGUUCAUGCAGUAUUGUUAUAUCCAGUGUUAUUCCAUGUUGGAAGUGCUAAAUCAAAAAAGUUAUGCUUUGCUAACUUAUGAAGAUCCCUGAUGCUGGUCAAUGCUUUAAUCUCCCGAGUUGUUUAACUAUGGACAGUUGAAAAAGGCAUUGAUUAAUCUACUUAGCUUCUGCUUCACUUUAUUUCUUUGCAGGGCAUUUCUUUGUCUUAUUUGUGUGUGCGUGCACAUCUAUCAAGUGUGUGUGUGUGUGUGUGUGUAUGUGUAUAUAUAUAUAUAUAUAUAUAUAUAUAUAUAUAUGUGUAUGUAUGUAUAUGUAUUGCUUACCCACAGUGACACACAUGAAGAGAACAUAUUUGUAUGUUAAAGAAAGGUAGCCUACACAAAUAGCUAUUCACAAGAUAUGAUAGUCUUCUGUUGAGAUGCAUUAUCUCAAAAACAGCUAGGUACAACAUGAAGCACAAAUGCUAGGCAGUUCAGCACAAAUAGCGAGCGGUGCUUAGCUGCAUGAAAAAUAAGCGAUUUCAUAAAAUUUUCCUGGGAGAGCAGAGCACAGUGGCAGGGAUUCUAAAUACAUUAGCUAGGCACACUGGUACGUCUGGAGAAAAAGUAACUGGAUAGAUGCAAGGCAGUGUUCCUGGGACUGGUUUUGAGUGAGAGGAAAGAGGCAAGCUAGAUUAGCUGUUUGGUCACUGGCUUCAGGUAGUGUGUCAUGUCACUAAACAACUAAGUUCAGAAUGGUAAGGCACUGGUUCAUGAUUGCACCUUAUGCCACCUUCAGAUGUUGCAGGCAAUGGUUUGUUGACCCUUUAAGGGCACCUUGUUUUAUAUUGAAGCCCCUACACAUUUCUUCAGAAAUUCACUGCUCAGCUCUGUGAGAUAGUGUUUUAUUUCUCACCUAUUUCUUCACUGCAUUGUCCCAAGUGUAAACACUUUUUUGGAAAACAAAUAACUGUAAGAAUUUGAUCAGCAUUCACCAAGUACACACAACACUAAGAAGGCAUUUUUAUUUGAAUACUAGGCCUUAAGAUAAUGGUCUUUACCAGCUCCCCCUGUGUCUGUCAGUCUUGUUUAUACCAUCAGACGUAAUACCAGAUAAAUUAUGACCUAACAAUAUAUGCAUUUUUAGGACAAGGUACAGAACCAUUUGUCUUGUUAAUGUAUCAGUGUGGUUUUAAGGCUUAAUCCCCCCUUCUAAAUACUUUAUAGGGCCAUUGAUCAUUUCCAGUUUGUUCACUUCCCACCUACUGGUACACCUCCCCAAAUGGCAUUAUCUUUCAUUCUUAGAAAUGAACCUUCCAUUAACUCCUUUUGACUUUCUAGGUUAUUCAUCACUUGAUUUUUGUAACUACAGUAGUGUAAGGGGAAGUCUCUGUGAAAAUGGCUUCAACAUAUUUGGCAAGCAUCUUCUUACACAACAGAUUUGUCACCUCAUUCAAUUGUUAUUAAUCUUCCCUUAAUGUGCCCUUUUUCCAAAUGACUCAGGACUGUUCCUGAACCUGCAAUGUUACUUUGAUUGCAGAGAAAGUGAAGAGCACUUGACCCCCCCCCCCCCAAUUCCCAUUUGCCUGUUAGUCUUAGUUCAUGUAUAAAGGCGUGGUAAAAUGGGGCACCAUACAGAAAGUAUAAAAAAUAAGUUGCAUGAUAUUGAUUAGUUAUGGCAUAAUUACAUUUUUCCAGACAUUCAAAACAUGGGUGUACUAAAAAAGGCAAAGUGAGAGGGAUAUGGCUUGGAGCUUAGAUUUUGCACUGAUUUUUGAUCUUGCAGUGAUUUUCCAUAGAAAAUUAGAAAGGCCGUCAGUAUUACUGUUUUACUUUGACUGGCCUGCUUUGCCUGAAAUGGAAGUGAAAGCUGGGACUUGUUUGAAAAAAAUGCAUGUAGUAUUAUGCCGGUUACUUAUGGAUCUCUGCUGUCCUUAAGCAGAGUUUAAACUGCUAGGCACACAUUAGAAAAAUGUUUUUCAAAGUGAAAUCCUGUUAGGCUCUUCAUUUAUGGCAGCAUCAUUUUUGGGUAAGAGUUUUGUUAGUUUAUGCAUUAUAUACUGCACUUAAAAGUAAAAUAAUUUCAGGAAUAUUAAGGGGCAUCAAUAUUUUACUUUUUCAUUUAAGACAAAGUAUUAUUGGUUUGGCAUUCAUACAGAAUGUAUUACAAAAUAUAUUUUUAUUUAUAGGACAAAUAUCAUCAUGUGUAUUACUUUUAUUGCUUCUGUUUUUCAAGUAUUCAGAAAGCGAUUGGCCAAAGCCCAUUUUUUGAUUUAGUGCACUCCUAAAGGAAGCAUUGGAGAAUGGCUUAUUGGUGUUAAAUCUUUGUGCCUACAGAGUUGUUCCCAUUUUAAUAAAAAAAUAAAAUUGCUGCAGAUGCUCAGAAGUGGGUGAUACCUUAUUAAAGGUACCACAUGGGGAUGUCAUGGUAUCUAAGUGAGGAAAAAAAAGAAAAUUGCUUCUACCUUGGCUGAUUGACAAUACUACCAGAAAGUUGGAGUCUCUUAAAAAUUAGAGUCCAGUGUUUCAACAUUAAUUAUUCUGUUUAAGUGUAAAGCAUAUUUUCUAAAACAUGCAUAGAAGCUGCUGACUGUUGAACUGCAAACUGCUAUAGAAAUGUUAAUCAUUCACAAGUUUGUAUUAGUAACAUAGCACAGAGCUAUUACCCUCGCAUUUUGUUUAUUUGAAGAUGUGCUAAUUAUAAUUUGCUAGAUAGUAUCUGACAAGUUAAACUGUUCGCAUGGUAUGUGGUUCUGUCUGUAUAAUAUGUGUAUAUAUAUAUAUAUAUAUAUAUAUAUAUAUAUAUAUAUAUAUAAUGUGGACGUGUUCAAAAACACAGUUCUAAUCAUGCACGCUGCUUUCCCUCUCUCUUGCUGUCCAAAAAUUCUGUCAGCCAUAGCAUCACAAAACAAGAGUUUCUGAAUUCAUAACUACAGUUUUUGUGGAACAUUAACAUUUCUGUUUUGUACAUUUCUACCAUGUCCUGAUACCUUACAGAAGUACUCUCUUACAAAACAUUUUGUUGAGUUAUCUCAUUUGAUAACCAGUUAAGUGAACAGGUCCCAUGGGUUCUUCAGCCAGGAGCUGGAACGGUAGAAGAAUGUGAAUUAUAAUGCCAAAGAUGUGUAAUACAUGGAACAAUGUAACAGAGUGAUAGGGCAGAGGAAUGAUAAGUUAUGUAUUUAAUAAACAAUAAAGAGUAAGUUACAGUGACAAUAUAAAUAAGGAACAAUAGGAUAUGUCUAUGUACAGUGUUAUGUAAAAUGCACAGAGAUACAUUGAGGUAUGAUGGGCUGGUACAAAGUAAGAUUUAAUGAAGGAUUCAAGUUAAAAUAAGAUUUACGUUGCAUGAAAUACAAAGGGGAUAGAGUCAGACUAACAGAAAAUGGCUGAAGACCCUCCUUUCUUCACUUAACUUGUUGAUGACUCUUUGUAUUAUUUUUUUUCUCUCUGAACAGCUGUCACAAACACUAUAAACUCUUUCAUUCCUGUGACAUUGGUAUGACUGUCAGCAGAGUGAUUCUAACUUUUAAGCCUUGCCAUUCUGUGUAUAUUACUAAUGGAGUCCAAGGGGUCAAUAUGCAGAGGGGUGAUUCAGAGUCACUUUGCUACCCACUUCCACAAGUGAUGACCCCACUGUCCUCCUUGUAGGCAGAUUCUACUUUCUGUACUCUCUACCAGGAAUCAGACUGACCGCAUUCUGUGAUGCACACUCAUAACCCUACCACCUGGGCUAAGCAGGCAAGCUAUUCCUGCACUUAGACUGCUUAAGUAACAGGGCAUCCCUGUGUCUUAGUCAGUGCUUUAGCUUUGUUUCUCUGCCAUGUUGUCAGGUUGCUGCCGGUUUACUUAAUUGUGUGUUGGUUAGCUGUACACCGAUGACAGAGGGGUUUGAAUGUACAACAGGAGCAUCAAAUAAGGGCAUGUGGUGAUUUUAUGUUGCUGUGUACUGCAGGUACACCAAAGGGCAUGUGGUGAUUUUAUGUUGCUGUGUACUGCAGGUACACCAAAGGGCAUGUGGUGAUUUUUUUGCCAUGAUGUAAUGCAGGUACACCAAUGGACAUGUGGUGAUUUUCUGCUAUGGUAUACUGCAGAUACACCAAAGGGCAUGUGGGGAUUUUUUGCUGCAAUGUACUGCAGGCUACACCAGUGUUCUGUGGUGCAUCCCAGAAAGGCAAAGACAUAUUCAUAUCUAUGCCUUGCUGUUACUGGUUAAAGGGAAAGUGCAAUACCACUUGACAUUUACCAGUUUUCAGUCAGGAAAGAAGAAACCUUAUAGUUUCACUUCACUUCCACAAUGUCAAAGAUGUAUAUCCUUGGAAUGCAUCAUCCAUCUUCCAAACUUCGAAUGUGAACAGAGUCCAUUUGAUCAAUCCAAAUCAGUAACAUAGUCAGUCACAAUGAUAAAAAAAAAAAUUUGAGCAGUUGGGCAAUAGUAUUUGAAUGUGGUUUCUUUUUUAUGGUAUUUUCUAUUGCUUGUCUUCAGGCCUUAGAAAAAGUCAUCCUGCUCUUCUCUGCCUUUUUUAUUGCCAUAUAGCUGUGGUAGUCGCAUCAGAACCUAGUUCAUUCCAAACUAAAGGGGCAUUUUAGUUCUGUUACCUAGAUUCUUCACCAUACUUUUAUAAUUUCUCUUAUUUGUUAGUGUUUCUGGUAUUCAAAAUUCAGACAUUGUUUACAUGCACUUCUAUGCUUUAUGUUGCUUUUGGGACGCAAGAGUCUAUUUUAUUACCUAAUGAGCACUUCAUUUGUCUUGCAUGUCUUUACAAGUGUCAGUGAAGUGACAUUGUUUACAGUCACACACAACCAUUCCCCAAAAGAAAGAAGAGCCUCAUCUGUGCUGUUCGUUGGGAAACUGCCUAGUAGCAACUGCUAGUUACCAGUGUUUAUUGUUUGACCUACCGACUCUGUGGCUGACACCUCUUCUUUUGUACUAUUAUGCUGGCUUGAACUUGCAGUCCUGUUUUUGACAUUGUGCAACAGGCUAAUACUGAAAAUGGAACAAUCUGACUUCACUGAAAGAUUCAGCACUUGGAACAGAUGCAUGCUGCAAAUAUUAUAGCUUCCCCUGCAGUAAUGACUUAAAAAAGCACAUUAGUGGACACCGUAAAAGUAGGUGUUGAUGUGGGCUGUAGCCGAAUGUGUCCUUUCAGGGAAUGUUUUACUGAUGCAUUUGCAGCUCUGGGGAUUUAGACAUGAACAGUAAGCUUUGGUGAUGUUACCAACUCAAAUCAAAUGUUUUUUUGUCCUGCACUGUGUUUGAAUUUGUGGGUGGGGAGUAGGGAAGCCAAACGUGUCAAAUCAGCAAAGUUAGUUUUGCCAAAUAUAAAAUGUGUGAACGGUGUUCAGGUAAAUUAACUUCGAUGACAGUGGAGUUUGCCUUUUUCUCAUCUGUUGUGUGAUCUUGUAGUUGGUAUAUACAAGUUCAAGGAUGUGGGGGGUACGUGGGGACUUGACUCUGCAAAAUUUUUUUUUGUUUGCCAAAAGAAACUUCGUUGGUAAAUUUCUGAAAAUUUUAACAUCGCUGAAACUACUUGUGGUGAGUCGACAUGAUUACGUACAGAAGUAGUGGCAGCAGAGUACAUAUAUAAGUUACCGAUAAAUCAGCAUACACUGAAUUUGACUAUUCUAUGCACAUCUUCAGUUGUCCAUUACAAAAUAUUUCAGAACUAAACUAUACAGAUUUUAUUUUUUCCAAAGUCAGCACUGUAAACAUGUUAGAGCUUCCCUUGGUGCAGUAAAACCAAAAUGAAAUGGCAUACUCGCGUAAUGUACCUUGUAUCAGUUAGUUGUCUUAAAGAUUAAAAGUAAAUGCGAACCUGUCCCCCACCACUAACAAUUGCUACGUGGUCUUUCAUAUGAAUUAUUUUUCCUUCUGAACACUUUGAAACUUAUGUUUAUUUUGGCUUUCAUUCAAUUCAGUCCUUUCUAGUCAUGUUAUAGGUAUGUCCAGUAGCUCAGUAUGCACAGAUUCAGUACUUUUUUCUUCCUUUUCCUAAAAUGAUUUUGAGCACAGAGAAAAAGAGAAAGAGCAAGUUUUUCAGAGGGAAAUAUGAAAAUCUUUCCAUUUUUCAUAGCAAGAAAACUGUAUCAUGACAUCCCCUUCACUUCACUAGUGUAUUAAUAUUUUUAUGUGGGUCUCUGUAUUUGUUUCAUGUAGUGUUCUGCAUGUGUUGUUUUGAGGCCAAGAUGCCAAGUUGAAGCUCCAUCACAACCUGUCUGUAUAUGUCAUAGCACUGAGGACCAAUUGCCCUGCUGCACCAAGCAAAUUAAUGCUUUUUGUUAAUUAUAAAUAUUUGCUUUUCUUUUGUCGUGAUAGCACAAGUGCCAGUCCAAUCGCUCUGUAUUAAAGUUUUAUUUUUUUAAUGAUGUUAUAGUUAUGUCUACCUCAGCACCUCCUUCUAGCCUAAUUUCAGAAGGUGCCCAAUUUUGUUUUGUUUUCUUGUUUUAACUUUUAAUUGUGUACAAACUUUGGUUUGGAAAGUAGCGCUUUUGCUGAAGUCCUGUCUGUUACAUUACAGAUGCCAUUAGCUCAAAAAAAGUGAAAUAACCAAGCUGCAACUCUUUGCCAGCUUCCAUUUGUUCUGUAUAAGGUUCUGAAGCAUCUCUGUAACUUUGUGUUUUCUGACCGAGAAAAAAAAAUACUGCUGCAGGUUUUAUCUCUCCAUGUGUCACUAAGUGAAGUUUGUGCCUUCUAUAGCGAAAGAGAAUAUUUUUUACAUCCUACUAAUGGUAGAUUGUUUUGUAGUGAGCAUUUUUUGUAUUUUUAUUUAUAAGUCUCAUAAGAAAAAUUAGCAGUGUUCAGUUGUAUACCUUGAAUCUGCAGUUAGAAAAAUAAAAAAAAUCAAGUCACAUAUGA